CAUAACGGUCUCAAGCGCCGAACCGCUCACAAGUGCCUGUUGAAACCUAUUUUCUCUGGAAACUUUCUACACGCUCGACGCACGGAGAGCUCUUCGCGUAGCGCGAAAUUAGUGCAACUCCCGACGUACUCGGUUCCCCCAGCCAAAGCUGCUAUUUGCUAGAGUUCAAGUCCAAGAUCCGUGUGACGUGCCUGUGUACGCUUAGACGACGUAGACGACCCAACGCCAGUGACCGACCUGUGGGUGUUCCAACCGGUCAGCUGUGGAAUUUAUUGAACUUUUCCUCAUCGAUCAGCAGUUCAUCGUGAAGCAAAAGAAGAAGAAGAAGACGACGAAAAAAAUAAACAACGUGUACUGUUUCGGGAGUCAAUAGCGCAAGGUGUUCCCGUUGAUCCGGGAAUUGAAAUUGUAAUUGAUUUUGCCUGCCUUCGGAUUGGGACCAUCGAGUUUCAACCAGUGCACGGAGGAGGAGUUUUUUUUUUUUGAGUGAAUUUGACGUGCGUGUAGCCUAAUUCGAUGGACUUUCUGUUGCGGUGGAAUCGAUCCAAGUGUGCAGUGAACUAAUUGGUGAUGGUAACCGGUUUAAACUGUUGGAUUUGUACAUAAAAUGUGACGUUUGUUUCUGUUUGUUAAAUUCAAUAUAGAGUAAAUUUUUUAUAGUUUUUUUUUCGUUCUCUUGAGCUACGAGGUCUUAUCAAAAGUCAAAUUCAAGUGUAUAUACAAUUUCAGUUGUUCAAAUAACUUGGCACGAUAUUCAGAGCGCUGGUUGUUGAGUUUCGCGACAUACGGUUUUGUUAUCAGCGAGUUGGUUGAGUGUGUUGGUGAAAGAUAAAAACACAUGCUUGUAAUUAUUGUCUCGAUUUUGUUGCACCGUUUUCGUUCUAUCAGAAAGGGGGUCUCCGAUCCACUAUCAAAUCGGUGCUGAAAUAGAGUGUGCCUGCCAGUAAAUGAUGAGGUGUUCGGUAUCGUUAUCUGGUUAAAUUUGUUGAAACGAGUGCUAGUGCAUUAAAAUUUACCGUUUUUCACCUGGGAAAAGGAGUUGAGAAAAAAAGAAACCCCUCCGAAAAUAAUAAAAGUAUAGCUAGCCUGGCGAGUGUGUGUUUGUGCGCGGGAAGCAGCCAACAAGUUUUCUUUGGACUAAUUUGGAAUUUUGUUUCGAUUCCUCUUCGGCCUCUUUCGGUUCGAUCGUAUUCCGACCUCUCUCUCCUAGGCGCGCGAACAGGCAAUCCAAACCAAAUGCCUUUGUUCAAUAAGAAGAGUGCAAAAAUUUCCAACCCGUCCCCUCCCAUGACGAAAGACCCACAUCAUCCGAGUCAUCCGCAGCUGCAUCAUCAUCUGGGUCACCACAACUACGACAACAACAACAUCUACAACGGCAAGAAUCCAUCGGCCGCGAUGCCCACGGCACCCCACAUCGAUGACCUGAAUGGCAGCCACGAGAGCAGCGUGAGCAAGCCCCAGCUCGUCUUCAACUGUCAGCUUGCCCACGGCAGUCCGACCGGAUUCAUCACCGGAUUUGCCAGUGUCAAGGAGCUGUACCAGAAGAUUGCCGAAUGUUACGACUUUUCGAUGGACGAGAUAUUAUUCUGCACGCUGAACUCUCACAAGGUCGACAUGAGCAACCUGCUGGGCGGUCAGAUCGGACUGAAUGAUUUCAUCUUUGCACACAAGAAGGGCCGACCGAAGGAGGUGGAGAUAGUGAAAUCGGAGGAUGCGCUCGGUCUCACUAUAACCGAUAACGGUGCCGGAUACGCGUUCAUCAAGCGGAUCAAGAGUGGAAGCGUGAUCGAUCGGAUUCCUCACAUACAGGUCGGCGAUCACAUCGAGAGACUCAACGGUGAGAAUGUGGUCGGCAAGCGGCACUACGAGGUAGCACGAAUGCUGAAAGAUAUCCCAACGGGAUCGACUUUUACGAUUCGAUUGGUUGAACCCAUGAAGAGCGGUUUCCAGGGUAUUGCCCCGCGUAAGGGCGGUGCUAAGCAGUCGAAACCCGGUUAUGGCAGUGGCAAGGAGACUCUUAGGUUUAAGGCCAACGGCAAUGCAGCCAUCGAAGACGAGCACGACGACGUCACACAGUGUGGAAUAGAUGCCAUCAAUUCGUUACUAGAUUCGUUCAUGGGAAUCAACGAUUCCGAACUAGCAACGCAAAUCUGGGACCUAGGUAACAAUAAAAAUAACUCGAUGGACUUUGCCGAAGCGAUCGAUGCUUCCGAUCUGGAGGCUUUCGGAUUCACCGACGACUUCAUAAUCGAGCUGUGGGGUGCUAUUACCGAUGCUCGACAGGGACGUCACAAAAGAUAAGUUGUCGCCAACGUGAGUGACUGAUGAGACGAAGACACUAAACAAAAAAUAGCCUGUGUAUAUUAAAAAAAAACCGCAACGCAUCCAAUCCUACAUUCGGUAUGCGAUCAAAAAAAAAAUUCCAAACGCGUGAAAUAGUGUUUUAAACAAAAUUGAGCAAUUAUAACUUAUAGAAACUGUUGACUACUUUCAACAUUCCAAGAACAGCUUCGCUGGUGUUUCGUCUUGGGCAAUAGCAUUUACGUUUGUUAUGAUAAUAAAUAAAUAAAAACGGUUUUCAACAUCGAGCUUGAUAAACAAGCUUCUUGCUCGAAGAAAGACUCCUGCUAGCAAGCUUUGUCAUCGAGUGCAACUAGAACAAGCCCCGGAAACGGCAAACCGAGCAAAGUAAAUAAAAUGUGACGCAAGUGAUAUGAGUAAUUUUAACUAAUUUAACGUAUUCACAUUCGGAAGUGUACUUAAAGUGAACGAGGACGGAGAUUAAAGUCAUUCAGAGAAAGAAAGAGGAUAGUAUGGUACGGUACUUUUUUUUAGCAUAGAGGAUUUAGCUUCGUAGACUUUCUAUACCUAAAUGAUUAUUGAGAUAACACAAUAAUCAUAUCAUGGAAAUAAA